CACCCACCUCCUGCGACGGCCGCGCCACGUCCUCCCCCCGUGUCGCUUCCGAUGAUGGCACGGCCCAAACCACGCAGCACGCAACCAUCUGAAACGACAAAAGGCGCGUGCGGGUGCCUCCCUCCACUCGCGUACCUUCCCCGCGCACACGCCACCCUCGCCGAGCCGCUCGCCCGCGCACUCUACAUCACCUGACCUCGCAGCCUAAGCUCACACUCGCCACUUCACUUGCCGCGUUAGCCAUGGCGUCCGAGGCUGCCUCCGACGCGCCGCGCGUCGUGGACGAGUGCCGGGGCGUGCUGUUCGUGUACAGCGACGGCUCCGUGGUGCGGCGGGCCCAGCCGGGGUUCUCGACGCCGGUGCGGGACGACGGGUCCGUGGAGUGGAAGGACGCGACGUUCGACGAGGCCAACGGGCUGGGGCUCCGGCUGUACCGGCCCCGGGAGCGCGGGGGGCGGAAGCUGCCGGUGUUCUUCUACUACCACGGCGGAGGGUUCUGCAUCGGGUCCCGCGCCUGGCCCAACUGCCAGAACUACUGCCUCCGCCUCGCCGCGGACCUCGGCGCCGUCGUGGUGGCGCCGGACUACCGCCUCGCGCCGGAGCACCGGUUACCGGCCGCCAUCGAGGACGGCGCCGCGGCGGUCCUGUGGCUGACGGCGCAGGCGGGGGACGGCGGCGACCCGUGGCUCGCCGAGGCCGCGGACUUCGGCCGCGUGUUCAUCUCCGGCGACUCGGCCGGUGGCAACAUCGCGCACCACCUCGCCGUGCGGUUCGGCUCGGCGGCGGGACGCGCCGAGCUCGCGCCCGUCACCGUCCGCGGCUACGUCCAGCUGAUGCCCUUCUUCGGCGGCGUGGCGCGCACGCGGUCAGAGGCCGAGUGCCCCGACGACGCAUUCCUCAACCGGCCCCUCAACGACCGGUACUGGCGGCUGUCGCUGCCGGAGGGCGCCACGGCGGACCACCCCGUGGCGAACCCGUUCGGGCCGGGCGCACCGGCGCUGGACGCCGUCGAGUUCGCGCCGACGCUGGUCGUGGUCGGCGGCCGCGACAUCCUGCGCGACCGCGCUGUGGGCUACGCGGCGAGGCUGAAGGCGAAGGGGAAGCCCGUGGAGGUGAGGGAGUUCGAGGGGCAGCAGCACGGCUUCUUCACCAUUGACCCCUGGUCCGCCGCGUCCGCCGAGCUCAUGCGCGCCAUCAAGCGCUUCGUCGACUCGGACGGCCGGUUCGACUGAACCGGCGAGCUAGCUGCGUGUCCCGACGGGGUUACAGUUCAGUGGUUUGCAUCGCAUCCUCUCUUCCAUGGUUUGAUUUGGUUUCCAUUCUUCGCGAACCGGCUUUCGGAAUCUUGGAAUAUCAUAGUGGAAAAUCCGCACAAUAAUCCAUCCGACCUAUGUUGGUAGGAUCGAAUCCUAGUAUGUUGGAAUCUGUGUGGUUUUGUGUU